GUCAACCAAUUAGAAGAAGAAGCACCCCCGUAAAAUAGCAAAAUCACUGAUAUAAAGGAAAAAAUAAUUAAAAGUUUUUAAAUUUAAUUAAAGGAACUAAAUUAAUUCAUUAUGACUACUGGAGGUGUGCCAGCAGAGGGUGUUCGUGAAAAGGCUCUUGUGGAAUACAGGAAAAAGCUUCUAGAACAUAAGGAGGUAGAGUCUCGUCUGAAGGAAAAACGCGAGGAAAUCAAAGAGCUUACUAAACAGUAUGAUAAAUCCGAAAAUGAUCUUAAAGCACUACAAAGUGUUGGGCAAAUUGUUGGAGAAGUUCUCAAACAAUUGACCGAAGAUAAGUUCAUUGUGAAAGCCACAAAUGGUCCCCGAUAUGUGGUAGGCUGUCGGCGGCAAUUGGAUAAAACCAAGUUAAAAUCGGGUACUCGUGUUGCUCUCGAUAUGACCACUCUUACUAUUAUGAGAUAUUUGCCACGCGAGGUCGAUCCACUUGUUUACAAUAUGUCCCACGAAGAUCCUGGUGAAGUGAAAUAUUCAGCUAUUGGCGGUCUUUCUGAACAGAUUCGGGAAUUGCGUGAAGUCAUAGAACUCCCACUACUAAAUCCCGAGCUGUUUCUGCGUGUAGGCAUCACACCGCCAAAAGGUUGUCUGUUGUAUGGACCACCUGGUACCGGAAAAACUUUAUUAGCUAGAGCCGUAGCUUCGCAACUAGAUGCCAAUUUUUUGAAAGUGGUUUCAUCAGCAAUUGUUGACAAAUAUAUUGGCGAGAGUGCACGUCUCAUCCGUGAGAUGUUCAACUAUGCUCGGGAUCAUCAGCCCUGCAUUAUUUUCAUGGAUGAAAUUGACGCCAUCGGUGGCCGCCGUUUCUCUGAGGGCACAUCAGCAGAUCGCGAAAUUCAGCGCACACUUAUGGAGCUGCUUAACCAAAUGGACGGUUUUGACUCGCUCGGUCAAGUGAAAAUGAUUAUGGCUACGAAUAGGCCAGAUACUCUAGAUCCAGCCCUUUUGCGUCCAGGUCGUUUGGAUCGAAAAAUUGAAAUACCACUGCCCAAUGAGCAAGCGCGAAUGGAGAUCCUAAAGAUUCAUGCAGCCAAAAUUGCAAAGCAUGGAGAAAUCGACUAUGAAGCUAUUGUAAAAUUGUCAGACAACUUCAACGGUGCUGAUUUAAGAAAUGUUUGCACCGAAGCCGGUCUUUUCGCUAUUAGAGCUGACCGGGAAUAUGUCAUCCAAGAGGACUUCAUGAAAGCUGUGCGCAAGGUAGCUGACAAUAAGAAAUUGGAAAGUAAAUUGGAUUAUAAGCCGGUUUAAUUUAAAAUAAAAACUAAUUUGCGACAAAAUUACUAGAGCUACAAUAUAAA